CAGCCGCAGCAGCAGGCCCCGUGGAGACGGAAGGGGAGGGUGUGACUUGGCGGGGAGCGCCCUGGGCCCGGGCCCGCUGCGCUGGCGGGUUCCCUCAGGAGCGCGGCGCUUCCCGGGCGGGGCGGGGCUGGAGCCGAGCCCGCCCGGAGAGCAGGCAGCUCGGCGGGGCGGGGCCGCCGCUCGCCCCUCUCCCCAAGAGAAGAGCCAUGCAGGCCCGGCCGAGCUCCCGGCAGGAGACGCUAGCCCUGCGGCGGCGGCUCAUCGGCUCUUCCUGCAAGCUCUUUUUUCCUGAAGAUCCAGUGAAGAUUGUUAGGGCAAAAGGCCAGUAUAUAUAUGAUGAACAUGGAAGAGAAUACCUUGACUGUAUCAACAAUGUGUCUCAUGUUGGGCACUGCCAUCCGGAUGUAGUAAAAGCAGCACAUGAACAGAAUCAGUUGCUAAAUACAAAUUCUCGCUAUCUCCAUGACAAUUUGGUGGAUUAUGCAAAGAGACUUUCUAAAACACUGCCUGAGAAGCUGUGCAAAUUCUAUUUUUUGAAUUCAGGAUCAGAAGCCAAUGAUCUUGCCUUGAGAUUGGCACGACAAUAUACAAAACAUGAGGAUGUUAUUGUUCUGGACCAUGCUUACCAUGGACAUCUGACAUCCUUGAUUGACAUAAGUCCAUAUAAAUUCAGAAAUCUAGAAGGACAAAAGGAAUGGGUCCAUGUGGCUCCUCUCCCAGACACAUACCGUGGAAUAUACAGAGAAGACCAUAAGGAUUCAGUCCUAGCCUAUGCCAACGAAGUGAAAAAAAUAAUUGAGCAAGCACAAAAAAAGGGCAGAAAGAUUGCUGCAUUUUUCAUUGAAUCUUUGCCAAGUGUUGGUGGUCAGAUCAUUCCACCAGAAGGUUAUUUCCAGAUGAUAGCAGAACACGUACACAAGGCAGGAGGAGUUUUUGUUGCUGAUGAAAUUCAGGUCGGCUUUGGCAGGGUUGGCAAAUGUUUUUGGGCAUUCCAGCUUCAGGGAGAGGAUUUCGUACCUGAUAUUGUCAGUAUGGGCAAACCAAUGGGAAAUGGGCACCCCAUCGCCUGUGUAGCAACAACUAAAGAAAUUGCAGAAGCAUUUGCAGACACUGGAGUGGAGUAUUUUAAUACAUUUGGAGGAAAUCCUGUUUCAUGUGCAAUAGGUUUAGCAGUUUUAGAUGUGAUUGAGAAGGAACAUCUUCGAGCACAUGCCACACAAGUAGGCAACUUCUUGAUGGAAUUACUGAAUCAGCAGAAGGUCAAGCAUCCUAUCAUUGGUGAUGUCAGGGGUGUUGGAUUAUUUAUUGGAGUGGAUUUGAUAAAAGAUCAAGAGAAAAGGACCCCAGCUACUAAAGAAGCUGAGUAUUUAAUAACAAGAUUAAAGAGAGAAUAUAUUCUGUUAAGUACAGAUGGUCCAGGAAGAAAUGUUCUUAAGUUCAAGCCUCCACUGUGCUUUACUAUGGACAAUGCCAAAUUAGUUGUGGACAAAAUGGAUGAAAUAUUAACAGACAUGGAAAGAGAAAAGACAUGUGAGCUAGUAGGAAAUCACCAUUAACUUCAGGCCUCAGCUCUAUCUGGCCAGGUAAGCAUUUUAUCUUUUGCAGUUUGUUUAAUUAGAAUCACUAAACUAGUAAUAACAAUGCAUUUGGUGUAAAGAUCUAAACAAUCAAAUGUUUGUCACAUUUUUUCAAAAUAGAUGACCCCUUCUGAUAUUCUAAUCACUAUUUUGAUUUAUGUAGGAUCACUUCAGCUUCUCAGGCCCCACAACCAUCUAUUCUCCCUCAAGUGAAAUGCCUGUUUUUUUAUAUAAUUAAAUCUUUAUCCUUAAAGCACUUCAAAAUUUGACUACUCCAAUAGCAGCUGGAUCCUUUAGAACCUGCUGCUAUUAAAAGAAUAUCACCCAUUGUGCUGUCUGUUUAUGGUGAUAGAGAGGGUAGUUGAUUUUCAAUGUAUUUCAUUGUGUUGGUUGCUGCUUAUGUGACUGCUCUACUGAACCCUUGAGUAAGGCAAGCGCAACUUGGUCCAUUCUGGAAUCUACUCUAUUCUCCUGGAGUAAUCAAAGAAGAAAAACCAAAUACUCUGAGCUUCCUAUAAGGCAUAGACCCUACCCUAUUUCUGUUGAUGUCAUUUGGAAUUUUGCCAGUAAAGGGAGUGGCAAUAAGACCAGAAGCAAAAACACAAUGUGGUGAACUAAGGAGAAACACUAAGAUGCUUCUGCAUUGCACUGGAAGUUAACUUUAGUUCAAGCAAAGGCUGUAUUAUCAGCUACAGCAGGUCAUGCCCACAUUACCUGUUUUAUUCAAGCAUGAAAAAGUUGCUUCUGAAUUAACAUAUAAGCAGCAAACCUUAACUAGUAUUUAGUCUAGAUUUGUGAAAUUAAACAGCGGGUAGAGAAAUCUUAAGGCCUGAUUUAAUUGUCAUUAAGAUUAGAGAUGCUGACUGCUGUAGGGGCUGGAUGUCCGCUUUCAGGUGUAUGCAAUGUAACUGAUCACAAAAACUUUAUGAAGGUAGUUCUCCUUUUUAGUUGCUUAUUUCCUAUAUCAUUAUAGAAGAAACAGUUGCUCCAGUACAUGGCAGAGUCUGCAACUUUGCUUUAAAUACAAUGUAGGAGGAGAGGCAUUGACCUGGUUAAUUUCCUUCAUGUUAAGAAAAAUAUGAAACCUGAUACAUACUCUACAAUGUUUUAUCUUUCAUCUAUAGGUUCCAGACACUAAUUUGACAAAAUCUACUACAAAGGAUCAUUAAAUCCCCAUAACUAGUGCACAUUUAGGCUAAACAAUUACAUUUGAAUCUGCAACGUUUAGUAACGCUUCUGUAGCGGUGAAAAGCUUUAGAGAAAAUACAUAGGCAUUAUGAUAUAGUUUGCUUCAGCUGUAGGAAAGGUGGUGUGGGAUUCACUUAAUUAGCAGCCAGUUUCAGAAAACAAUGACUACCCAGGAGUUAUUUUCCUAUUCUAGCUCUUAUGUCCCACACUUUGCAGUAUUUCAUUUUUCUGGUUUGAGCUGUUUCAGUGACUAUAACCAUCUGAGCUUGGCCAAACAUUCUGCCAUCCCAUAGAACCCAACAAUCAUGUGUAUCUGUCCUUAUUUUGCUAUACUUCAGUGUCUCACCAGGUAUACCACCUGAUUUAUUUUGUGCCAAUAUAAGGUCUAAAGAGCUAGACUGGUUUUCAGCCAUAGGUUUCAAACAGAUGGUUCUCGGUCCCAAACUGUACAAAAGUUCCCUAUGAAUUGCCUUCUGAGGACAUGUUUAGUGAGGAAAGAGGAGGUCCAAUCUAUACCUUGUUAAGAGGGGGAAGGGGCUAGCUCAGUGGUUUGAGCAUUGGCCUGCUAAACCCAGGGUUGAGAGUUUAAUCCUUGAGGGGGGCCACUUAGGGAUCUGGGGCAAAAUCUCCCACACUUCCAUUGCUUAUGAGAAGUAGUGAGCAGUGAACUGAAAUAGGGAAGGGAAAGAGAGAGAGUUAAUUGCACAAAAUGGCAGUGCUGCUCUACUAGACCAUGGAACCUACUUUCUACAGAGUCUAAUAAAGGUGUUAAACAGAUUAUUAUGUUGCUGCCUUGCAUAUCUGUAUUGUGGAAGCAUAAGCUCUUUCCACCCACAAAGUCACCAUAGAUCUUGUGGAGUGACCCUGGCUGCCAUCGGGAACAGAAGCACUGACACCUUGGCAGGCAAUAAAGCCCAAUCUUCUUGUCAGUUCAGUACACCUGAUAUAAAUCUUUAGUGCUCUUUAACCAUCUGAAGUGUGCUACAUUAUUUUCUGUUGGGUGCUGUGGCUUUGGACAGAAUGAAGGGAGUAUAAUUUCCUUGUGAGGUAUGGAAUGAUGAUUCUGGGAUUCUUAGCAGCAUGUUGUCAUGUUACAAUAGAGUUCUUAUAUGGUAUAGAAGUGCCACUUCAGAAACUCACCUAGCAGACAUAAUGGUAACUAAAAGACAGUUUUUGUAGAUAGGCAGAAUGGAGAUACAGGUCAGUGGCCCCACAGGUUGUGUGGUAUGGGCUUUUAAUGCCACUGGUAGGCUUCCACAAAUAUUGGCUGAACCACUUGAACUGCUCUGAGAAAUCUGGAUAGCCGAGGGUUCUGUCAAGGAACCAGAGAAUCCUGCAAAUAGGAUGUUUCUUAUAAGCGGACACCUGGCAUGUUAUGGUGCUGGGCUAAAGUCUCUUGUCUACAUCUUCCUGAAUAAAGUCCAGGAUUGUUGAUAUUUGUUGUACUGUUCGACACCAUGAGCUAAACCUAGUCCACAGGGAGGAGUAGACAUUUAGUAUUAAAGCUCACCUAGUAAAGAGGACAAUUCCACUCCCAGUGGAGGAUAGCUCUAGCACACCUAAUACUUCCUAUCUCAAGAGCCAGGCUAUCAGCUGUAGAUGAUUUGGGUGUGGAUGGAGGAAUAUGCCUUGGUAAAAGAUGUCUCAUCUCACAGGUAGCUGCAACAGUGGCUCCAAGUUCAGUUCUAUCUGAUUGGAGAACCAUGCUCUCGUUGGCCACUGAAGACCUAGUAUCAUCUUUUCUAGAAGUAGAAAGGGCAGAAAUGCAUAUACAGGCUAUAGUGCCAUCUGCAAAAGAGCAUCCAUCCCCAGGGAUUCCUCUGGUAGAUUAUUUCAAAUGUUUGUUGUUCUUGUGAUUGGUGAAUAGGUUGACCACCAGAAAGCUGAACUUGUGCAAAAUCAAAAUGGACUUCCUGAGUCAGGCACUGUUCUGAGGCAAGUCUGUCUUGGUUCAGCUCUCCUUUUACAUUUAUUGCUCCUGUAGCAGGGAGAAUCCUCUUUACCUGUUCCUCUCCCUCUCUUGUGCAAGUAGUUACUCCACAUUCCUCAUAGGUUAAGAUACACCAGAAUGGGAGUCUUAUCUGACUGGAUCAGAAGCACUCUUAGUUCUGAAAUCUCCAUUGCACUAGUUUACACAUUUGAGCUCCACAGGUUGAUGCUUCUUCCCCAAGGGUUCCAGGUGCCUGGCACUGUCCUGUGCCCCAGCUGUACUUCCCAUUCCAUCUAGGCACAAGUACCAAGAGUCUGGAAUGCAUACAGGGAGACUCUUGUGGCUGUUCUGGGGGAUAAUGCAUUAGCUGAGUAUUCAACACAUGGCUCAGAACCAGCACCUGAUGCAUGCAUUCUUGUGAAUGGAUCUAUGCUUUUAUUAGGAAGUACUGGAGAUAAUGUAUAUGGGACCUUGUCCAGGGGUUUAUUUCUGUGCAUGAAAGCAGGAAGAUCAGCAUCUGUGUCGAUAUUUAACUAUGUUGGUAAAGUACAAUAAGAGACUAUAGAUAUCAAGUCCUGGAUCGUGAGGAAUUUGUCCAGGGAUAGGUAGACUGCUGGUUGCUGAAGUGGCUGUUAUGGCCCUUGCCCAAAGUUUCAUUGCAGCAAGUGUGAUCUGCCACCAAGGCUGCUGGGAUGGCCUAGCCUUCAUAACUAGGCUACUAUAGCUCUUCCAAAGGGCAGAAUAGUCUGAGGGUGGCCACUGAAACCUUGAGUCCCUUUUAUCUCUAUCAGGUGGUUGUUUAGGAGAGAGAUUCAGUAUGAUUACUAUAUCUUUUGUAUGAGCUAGUACUACAGAAUUAAUCUAGAAUAGCAUUUUGCCAUGGCUGAGGGGAGCUAGAAGAGUCUGAAAAUAAGCAGUGGAUUGUUGGUUCAAGGUGGCUGAGGCUAUCCCACUGCUGAUUAUGCAGAGGAAGAAGAAAAUUAAGUUGCCAAAGAACAGGUGGGAGCAAAGUGGUGCUUGACUGCUGCUGCAGAAGGAGACUAGGCAGCAGUGGAGGUAAGAGGAAUGGUGGGGGAGUUGUCUGCAGGUGCACAUGCCCUGCUACAGCUUUAGACUGCCUCUGGAAAUUGCAAAGGGGGGGGGGUGAAAUAGGAGAGAGAACAACCCAUCUCUAUGUGCUGCAUUAAGCGAUUUGGAAAAAAUGCAGCUGUGAAGCCAGAGACCGGGAACAACUUUGGAGCUAAAAUUAUUUUUCAUUAAGUCAAGCUCAGUGUCCUUUAAAACUAACAUCUCUAAAUCCAUUCUACCAAAAGAAAAAACCCCUUACCAAAAAAAUUAAAUUAAGCCUUAAUUUGUAAACCUUUUAGGUAGUAAAUGAGUGCUAGAACUACAUCUGCUGCUAGUCCUGGCAAUUUAAACAAAUGCUUCUACAGUAGAUGGUUUCCACCAAGCCCACUGGCAUUACUCCAUUAACACUAUUAACCUUUUUAGGUACACUUACUCCCAAUGGAGUUUAGUUUACCUUCUGUACUAGGGAAUGCAGUUAUUGUAAGGUAGGAAAGGAAAUGCAGCAGAAGUUAAAAACCAUACAACAGAGAAUGAACCAUUAAAGAGAGAGUCAGUUACUUGUGGGUAAGGUCAGCUUGUAGUUUUGGUUUUCAUUUGCUCUGUUAAUCCUUUUAAGAACUAAAAUUUCAGCCAUACUGCUUAAAAUUUAGGUGUCUCUGCUACAUUGAAAUAUCAAAGCUAUGCUAGGUAUGUGGCAAUGUCACUUUGAAAUAAUUCUUCCAGUUCCCAUCAAGAAAGCCCAACAGUAGGUGCCAUUAAAUAGAGUAUUCUGAGCUGGUAUUUGGAGUAGUCAGUAAACCUAGACUAAGAGAUACUGCAGUGAGUAGGUACAAUGCAGGACAAAAGUUUGAGGAAUUGAUAUUCCUACCCCUGGAGAAACAGUGUAGCCUGCACAAUUUUGGACUGGCAUUUUAAAUGCCAGUUUCAUCAUUACAGGUUUUGUUUGCUUUAAUUUAUAUAAAGC